GAAACACUGCUAUAUAAACGCAGAUAUGCAUUGCCUGUUAUAUAUGCAGGCUAGCCAUCAUCAAGUCAAGGAACACUUAACCUGAAGAAAACCACUAUUGCAGCAGCAGUAUAGUCAACGGUGUAGCAGUAGCUGCAUUGCGUUAUUGGGGUAGUAGUGUGGCAGUGUUGGACUGCUGGUCAUCAGGUCAUGGCUUCUUCUUCUUUUACUUCCUUGUCAGUGAUGGUGCUCUUGUGCCUAGCGGCGGCGGCGGUGGCCUCGGCGCAACUGUCGCCGACAUUCUACUCCAGGUCGUGUCCCAGAGCUCUGGCCACCAUCAAGGCCGCCGUGACGGCCGCGGUUGCGCAGGAGGCUCGCAUGGGGGCCUCCCUGCUCAGGCUCCACUUCCAUGACUGCUUUGUCCAAGGUUGCGAUGGGUCGGUGCUGCUGAAUGACACGGCCACCUUCACCGGCGAGCAGACCGCUAAUCCGAACGUCGGCUCCAUCAGAGGCUUCGGCGUCGUCGACAACAUCAAGGCGCAGGUGGAGGCGGUGUGCCCGGGCGUCGUCUCCUGCGCCGACAUCCUCGCCGUCGCCGCCCGCGACUCCGUCGUCGCGCUGGGAGGGCCUUCGUGGAGGGUGCUUCUCGGGCGGAGGGACUCGACGACGGCGAGCCUAACUCUAGCCAACAGCGACCUGCCAGCGCCGUCCCUGGACCUCGCCAACCUCACCGCUGCGUUCGCCAAGAAGCGGCUCAGCAGGACCGACCUGGUCGCUCUCUCAGGCGCGCACACGAUCGGGCUGGCACAGUGCAAGAACUUCCGGGCGCACAUAUACAACGACACCAACGUGAACGCGGCGUUCGCGACGCUGCGCAGGGCCAACUGCCCCGCGGCGGCCGGCAACGGCGACGGCAACCUGGCGCCGCUGGACACCGCCACGCCCACCGCGUUCGACAACGCCUACUACACCAACCUGCUGGCGCAGAGAGGGCUGCUACACUCCGACCAGCAGCUCUUCAACGGCGGCGCCACGGACGGCCUGGUCCGCACGUACGCGUCCACGCCGAGGAGGUUCAGCGGGGACUUCGCGGCGGCCAUGAUCAGGAUGGGCAACAUCAGCCCGCUCACCGGGACGCAGGGCCAGAUCAGGCGCGCCUGUUCCAGGGUCAACUAGCUAGCUACGUACUCGCGGCUAUAGCUACCUGUGCGUACGUCCCAAGUGAUCCGACGAUCCAACGGUUCCCAUCAGUGAUUAUCACUGUAAUAAGGCCGGUUGUGCCAUUGUCAGUUGCGCCUCUGUUUUGCUUGUACUGGUUCAAGAACUCCUCUUUCUCGAGUCAGCAAAGGUGGGUGUGAUAUGACUCGGAAGGAAAGUGGCGACUAGCCUACCCAUCACCACACCAUAUUUAUGCCUUGUUCGUUUACGUCGGAUUGCACCCGGAAUCGUUCCAGUUGAUCAAAGUUUA